AUGUCGAUCAAAUUUUUAAUUUUUCUCCCAAUAUUUGUCGCAUUCAUAUAUACACUCCCAAUUCCACAACAAUCAUUGCCACCGAUUGAAGAACUAACUUUGAGUCCAAAUGCGACAUGUUAUAAUGUUGGUCAAAAUGUUACUGCUAGAUGGAAUAAUGAGCCUAAC